UUUUUGGAGUGAACGGACCGCGCGCGUCGUUAGCAGCGAGCUACAAAAAAAAAAAGCAGUACAACAACAACGGCGGCGGGCGAUUAAACAAAACGCCGCCAAAACACACACAGCGAAAAUAAAUUGUUAUUAUCUGAAAAAGGCAAGUGCCACCACCCCUUCCCCCUUCUUAGUGUGUGUGUGAGCAGCGGCUGCUUUAUAUCUGAGUGUGUGUGUGCGCGAGUGUUUUUGUGUGCGAAAAUGCAUUAAUUCACCAAUACGAAGGCAGAUGCAGCAACAACAUCAGCAACAACAACAUCGGCGAGAGGAAUAUCGUAAGCGUUAAACGAAAUACAAUAAAAUACAAGCAAAAACAGGCAAAAGUAAAUUGAUCAACAAGGAAGCCUACUGAAUUAUAAAAAUUCAAUUUUUUUAUUGUUUCCCAUUCAAUUUUUGUGAUGCCUUUUGCCGAAUGAAAAAGUCACCUCAUAACCCAGAGUGAAUUAAUUAAAAUACACCGAGUGUUAAAUAAAAUCAAAUCGGUACAUUUGGACUCGGUUCGGUUAUUUCGGUUCGACACGCAGAAAGGCAAAACUCAACGGUCGCGUCGAUACCUUUUUUGGAAAUUAUCGAAAUAGCUCACCAAAACCUUUUGCCUCGAAAUACAACGUGUAAAAUGCGUCAGUUUCGAAUAAAGUCCAAAUCGGGUUUACAAUAAUAAAACUACUGAAGCAGCGAAAAAGGAUUCCAUGAUCAGCCAAGGAAAGCAGCCCCAAUGGUUUCUCAACGCAAAUGUGUUAAAAAUGUGCAAGUGAAGCGGAAAUCUUACCAAAGAAAAUAAAAGAAAGAUAUCCAUCAAAGUUCUUAAAUCAAGCAAGCCGAGUAUCGUAACAAUCCCCACACUGGAAUAUAUAAAAAGAGUGCAUAAUGUUUAAUGGGAAGGAGGGCGCCCAUUUAAAAUGAUGCCCCUCCAUUCGCGGCAUACGACGCAAUGCUCCUCCUAAAUAGAAGAAGAUUCUGCUGCGAAUGUUCCGUUGUCGAAACAUGGUACGCGACAAUAGCCGUAACAUUUGUUUUGGAAAAUUAGCCGAAACUACUACGCCGCAACAACAACAACAACAGCAGCAGCAGCAACAACAGUUCGUUGUGGAUAGCAGCACCAUUAUUAAUAAUAACAACAAUAACAACAAUAAUAAUAAUAAUCAAAAAUUGAAAAGGUCUACAGAGGAACCACCGACAAACAGCUUCGAAAGGAAUUACUACGACCGCACCAGCAGCCGCUUAGUCUCUCAGUACCAAGCGAACAACUCAACUUCAUUGGCCAACUCCAACUCAAACUCCAGUCCCUCGUCCGUGAGCGCCUCCGCGUCAGUCUUCGCAUCGGCGGCAGGAGGGUCUUCCGAGAGAUCGCGCAACCGAGAUCGCCCGUACAGGAAUGGUUCGGCCAACGUUCAAGGCGGCGCCAUCAACAGCAGCAACACGACGACGACGACAGCAGCCUGCACAGCUGGAGCUGGAGGAUCUGGAUCGGGAACAGCUGGAACUGGGACUGGAGGUUUGGUAGGCUCAGGACCUGGGGGAGUACCGCAGGCGCUAGGCGACCGCAGCAGCACCCAGAAUAUCCACCAGAACCAUCAGAGCGCGCGGGUGGCUCCACCACAGUCAUGGUACGAAGCCGCCACUGCUGCAACGACGGCCCAAUUGAAAAGUUCUGGUGGCAGUGGCAAUGCCGGCGCCUCAGCAGCCGUGGGCUUCACAAUGAGCAGCUCACCGAUCAACCAUCAUCACCACCAGCAUCCGCAUCUUCAGAAUCCUCAACACCCGCACUACAGCAGCAGUCCAGUAGUAGGAGCCGGAUCUUGUCCCUCCACCGCUCAAGGACAGCUACAGAUCCAGUCGCAAUCGCAGACCACGGCAGUGCAUCGAAGCGUGGCCUAUGCGGGAAGUGCUGUGGAUGACUCACUGAACACCGCCACCUCACGAAAUAUGCUUCUGCACAGCAGCAAACUCAAUAAGCUACUUAAGGGGGCAGAUGCAGCGGGAAGCGGAGGAGAACGCUCUGGUUCGGAAUCACCAGGACGAGCUGGAGGAGCUACUCCUUUGACUACGACAAGUACAAUCACAAACAAUAGUUUUAGUAGUAAUAGUUUAAAUAAUACAAUAACCACGGCGACUCCAACAAUGCCCACGAUAGCAUCUGGAGCAGCAGGAUCGGUGGGGUUAGGAUCUGGAGCAGAAGCGGGAGUAGGUUCCAAUUCCGGUUCCGGUACAGCCAGCGGUGACAUUCUAAAUGUGGCCGCUGUUUUGGCCGCCGCCGUGGAUAAUGGGGUGCCAACGCAUCCGAUCCGGACGCGACACAACCUGCACGGACGCAGCACCACCUCCUCCAGUCGCUCGCACUCGCGCUCACCGAGUAGCUACAGCAGUUCGCACAGCUCCUCCUCCUCUUCGCACUCCUCAUCCCACUCGCACGCGUCCAGUCCCGUCCAGUCUUCGGGCAAUUGUGCGAUGGCAGAGGGACGCAGCGGUCGCACCCUUCAGUCUGUCGCAGUAAGCAGCAACUCUUCAAAUCCCAGUGGCACCGCUGGAACCGUCAGCAGUGCAGGCGUCGGAGGAGGAUGUGGCUCCAGUUCAUCUUCAAGCAGUAGCUCUAGUUCCAGCGGAUCCUCCUGUCUGACGGCCAAUCCUGUCGUGCAUUCCGAAGACAACCGGCCGCUAGCGAUACGAGUCCGCAAUCUGCCCGCCCGUUCCUCAGACACAUCUCUCAAGGAUGGUCUAUUUCAUGAGUACAAAAAGCACGGCAAGGUUACGUGGGUAAAGGUUGUGGGACAGAAUUCUGAACGCUAUGCUUUGGUUUGCUUUAAGAAGCCCGAUGACGUUGAAAAAGCGUUGGAGGUCUCACAUGACAAACACUUUUUCGGCUGUAAAAUUGAAGUGGAACCGUACCAGGGCUAUGAUGUCGAGGACAACGAGUUUAGGCCCUACGAAGCCGAGCUCGAUGAGUAUCAUCCCAAGUCGACAAGGACACUCUUUAUCGGGAAUCUAGAGAAGGACAUAACUGCCGGCGAGCUUCGUGGUCAUUUUGAGGGGUUUGGCGAGAUUAUCGAGAUCGAUAUCAAGAAGCAGGGUCUGAAUGCCUAUGCCUUCUGUCAGUAUUCAGACAUUGUCUCGGUCGUAAAAGCAAUGCGCAAAAUGGACGGUGAGCACUUGGGCAGCAACCGAAUAAAGUUGGGUUUCGGAAAAUCCAUGCCCACCAAUUGCGUCUGGAUCGAUGGCGUGGGCGAAAAAGUCUCCGAGUCGUUUCUUCAGUCGCAGUUCACUCGGUUUGGGACAGUUACUAAAGUGAGCAUCGACAGGAGCAGGCAGUUAGCUUUGGUUCUGUACGACCAAGUGCAGAACGCCCAAGCCGCGGUAAAGGACAUGCGUGGAACGAUCUUACGGGGCAGAAAGCUUCAAGUGGAUUUUGCAUCUAGAGAGUGUCAGGACGCAUUUUACGAUAAACUAGAGAAGCAGCAACAACAAAGUUCGGGUUCCAACUCACGCUUUAGUCGCUAUGAGUCGAGCACCUCUUCUUUGCAAUCUCGAUCCCGCGCAUCUUCCUUUAGCCGCCAUCAGAACAACUCAAACGAUGACUGCUCUCCCAUCAACACGCCAGGAGGAACAAGCAGUGGAGCGUCCAGCGCGAGCAAUUCAAAUAACCAAAGCACCAGCACCAUCACAACUUCAAACAUUGGUACUAAUGCCUGCAGUGCGAUGCCAGCUCCCAGCUUGGCGUCCGCUAUAGUGAGCUGUAAUGUCAACUCCUCCGGCACAGUGCCAUCAACCACAUCCAUGCCUUCAGCGGUUAGCUCCUCUUUAAGUUCAAUGCCUAUGUCUCCGGCCGCUCUGGCCCAAAGGCACCGAUUGGUUCGUAACGCGCGUCAAACCGUCGACUGCGACUUCAAUGAAGUGGGUCGACUCCGGUUUCGUAGCUCCGAGGAGAUGGCUGGAGGUGCUGGAAGUUCGACGCAGUUUGAAGAUGUCCGCUGUGAUUCCCCAGUAACCCCUCGACAAGGUUCAGCUGUAAAUUGUUUUACUGGGCUUACAGGAGCCGUUGGAGAAUCCAUCGAUGGAACGUUAAACAACAAUCAAACUGCCGGUGGAGCUGAAGGGUUUUCUGGAUCCGGUAGCAGCAUUCUCAGCAGGAGACGUUGCGGUAAGACACCCAAAGACUUGCACUCCGUGCACAAUCAACGUUUCCAAUCGGCAGAACAAGUUGAGGAAUGCCCGUCCAGUGGUGAUGAGGGCGUGGUCAGUCCGCGUAAGCGCAUCAAAAUGGAUUACCAUCAUCACCACCAUCAUUCCAAUGCCAGCGGGGUGGAGUCCUCUGGCGAGCACAGCAGCAUUAAUAAGCCAAGCCCUCUCUCCCUGUCCAACUGUGAUGUGAUACACGAUCCUCUAAACCGCAAAAGCGAGAUCCGGAGGGUCUCCGAGACCCCAAGUGGAUCUCCAAGCAUUAAGUUCCCUGGCCACCUGCCCUCGGCUCCUCCAUCCAUGAUGCUCAGUUGCCGGCGCCCGUCCAUCGAUGUGGGAGCAUUGUCAGCGCUCUCUAGUUCCUCGGCUUUCCGGCACGGAAUCGUUGGAGCCAGCAGCAUGGAUCAGCAGCACAUGAUGAAUGCCUCGCUGGCUGCAAAGAGAAGACGAGUGACAUCUACUAUGCAACAGCCCAGCUCAUCCUCAACAACUAAUAGUGCUAGUGGAUCUGGUUUGGGUGGGAUAAGUGGUCUAACUCCUGCGGAUGACUACCAUCAUCAUGUCUCUAGGGGCAGGGGACAUCAGCUACAUUCCCAUCACUCACACGAAGCUAGCGGUGGCGAAAGCGCGGAUGGAUCUCGCCCUGGUACGCCGCUGUGUGAUGAGCGACCUGAAGUGCUGCCCACAGAGCCACGUCGAUUGCCUCCGCCCAGAGAAAGAGUUCGAGAGAGAAUCAGGGAUGUGAUGUGGCUCCCUCUUCCAAAGUUCGGGGUGCUUUUCUUCCAACAACAGCAGUCCAGGGGCAGUGGAGGAGGCGCGGGAAACAGCUAUCUGCCACAGCAACUGGGAGGAGGAUCCUCCGGAGGGUUGGGGGGCGUAGGAGCUGCUCCCUUCUCGGCAUGCUCCCUUAACAACUCUAGUCUUAACACCAGUCAGGGAAUGGGCUCCUGUUCUGGAUCCACAUUCCUGCCCAGCCCAUCCUCGCGAUAUUGGCGUUCCUCUUCACACCACCAAAACCAACAGCAUAAUCACCAACAACAGUCGCAGCAACUGCACGGAUCCUCAUCUUCCAACACUUGCUUGAUGGCUAGUCCAGCACGUCCACGCUCACUGAGUUCAAACUCCAGCGAUUCGGAUGUACCUGGCCAAAAUGCUGGAGGAAGUCCUUCACUGGAUGAAAGACUCCGCAACUUUGAGGAGAACUAUGAGCGAUGGUCUGGGGGAAGCAGUAGAGAACAUAUUUCCGGUCAUACACCCACUAGUGCCACGCCUUCAUGGCAGCUCUCUAUGCACAUGAAUUUGGGUACUGGUCUAAGUUCUCAUCAGACAAGCUCGGGAUCGGGAAAUAGCAACAGUUCAAGUGGAACAGUAUCCAGUUCAGCAAGCAAUUCACGGCACAAGUUCUUGGAUAUUGAUGAGCUGCAGCCCUCGGAAAUUGUCAAAUCUGUGCUGGCCAAGAAAAGCGUUUUCGAUGACGAUUUUCAACGACUAAAUAAAAACCAAUGGUACGAUCCAACCAGCUCUGAUUUCGCAUUGGGAUCGAGUUCCAAUAUCGGUGCUGGAUCUUCACUGGGCGCAAAUGUAUCCCGACAUCCUGGAGGGCCAUGCAGCGGAAACACCUCACCUGCUUUGCCCAAUCUCGCGGCGACCAAGACCACUCCAAUUAUUGGAAGCUGUAGUGCUGGACUGGGCAACUCGACAGGUAGCAAAUCGGCGGGAUUGCUGCAAAGACUAAGUAGUUUAUCACCCAUGAACUCGCCUCAAGCUUCGAUGUCUCCCUACAACAGCCCAUCGCCCUCGCCUUCGGUGGGAGGAGUAACCACCGCAAGCCUGGGUCAACUUACCAAACCCGCAGCACCAGGGACAACAAGUGCGGGACUGAGUGGGGGAACUGCUGUCUCCUCAUCCUCACCAGCUGCCAACUCGGGACCCACAAAAGGAUUGCAGUAUCCGUUUCCCAGUCACCCGCCUUUGCCGAACACCGCUGCGCCUCCUCCAGCUGUACAGCCUGCACCUCCACCUCUUCCAGAAAUGGGAAAACCCUCUAGAUUAGCUGGCCAGAGUUCUGGCAACAAUCUUACUAAGAGCCUUAGCGUGCCAGAUGGACCUCAGUUAUCGCCAGCGAGAGUUCAGCUUCAGAAAUCUGCUUCAGUGCCGGGUAGUACAAACGUAAGCACCACAAGCAGCCCUUCCUUGGAAUUGGCAACAGCUUCUGUGGAUACAUCUGCACCUACUUCAUCAACAACAUCCAACGGUAACAGUUCCUUAGCCUCAACAGCGAUACACGUACAAAAGCCACAACAGCCGACCUUUGGUGAGGAAGAGCAGACAAAAAGAAGUGGCACCUCCACAUCCCAAUCAUCGAGUUCCAGCUCUAAGAAGAUCAGCAGCAGCCACGACAAAGUGCACAGCAAGCACAACAAUAGAUCGGAAAGUGACAAGAAAAACAAGAAGUCUGAUAAAAAUGCAUCGUCCUCUGACAAGCGAAAGAACUCGUCUACCUCCCAGUCCUCCAAGUCAGCUACUCCCCGCAUUGAAGACGACUCCAGUGAGGCCGAUGAGACGGCGGACAAAGCUGAAAAGAACCAGCGCCACGAGAGAGAGAAAAAGGAGCGUCAGGAAAAAGACAAGCGAGAAAAGGAUCUGCGCAAACAGGUUGAGCGGGAGGAAAAGGAACGUAAGGCUCUGCAGGAGGAAAGAGAGAAAGAAGACCGAAAAGCUAAAGAGGAAAAAGAAAGAGAACGGGAGAAGAAGACCCAAGAGGAUCGCGAAAAGAAGGAAAGGGAAGAGCGAGAGCUUAGAGAAAAAGAGCAGCGUGACAAGGAACAGAGAGAAAAGGAGAUCCGCGAAAAAGAACUGAGAGAAAGAGACAAUCGGGAGAAGGAACUGCGGGAGAAAGAGUUGAGGGAAAAGGAGAUGCAUGAGAAGGAGCAAAGGGAAAAGGAGCUUCACCGCGAAAAAGAUCAACGCGAAAAAGAGCAUCGAGAGAAGGAACAAUCUCGCCGAGCUAUGGAAGUUGAGCAAGAAAGUCGUGUGGGAAGAAUGCGUGAGCUAUCUUCGUACCAAAAGAGCAAAAUGGAUAUCGCCGGCGAGGUUAGUAGCCUCGCCGCAAGCGACUGUCAGCACAACAAGGAAAAUGCCAUGGACACCAUUGCUCCAGGAACUCUUAGUGCAUCCCCAUCAACCCCUUCAGACAGCACCUCAAAGGAACGCUCAAGGAAGCUGUCUAGAAAUUCCCCAGUGCGCCUGCAUAAGAGACGUCUCAGCUCGCAGGAAAGCAACCACAGUGCUGGAGGUGGUGGAGUUUGCGGAGGAUCGAGUCAUCAAGUUCAUCAUGAGGAUUAUGUAAAGCGCAUAAGAAUGGAGAACUCCCAGAACAUCUCGGUUCACAGCAGUAAUCAAAGAUUAAACGAUCGCCGAGACUCAAAGGAACACAAGAGCAGUAGUUCCAAAGAAGACAAAAAUAGUAGUUCACACAUUUCAAGGACCCACGGUUGUGGUGGUAGUUCUACCUCGUCCUCAAAACAUCACCAUAGAAGGGAUAAACAUCAUCAAAAGGGCAGUGCCAGCUCCAUAGAAACCAACUCCUCCAUUGAAGUGGUGGUAGAUUCCAUUUCCCAAACCAAGCAGCACAUAAAUACAAGUGAGGAGGAGCAGCAGCCACAUCAACCCAAAAGGGAAAAGGAGAGGGAGCACUCCAGUAGUCAUGCGAAUAGUUCAUCUUCUAGGCAUAAGAGUAAACGAGAUCAUCAUCACCAUCGGGAGAAAAAGCGGCAGUCGGUGGCGGAAUCCACGAAUACAGAUGAAGAGCACACCCCACUGCAGCAUAAUCAUAAUCCUCACAGGAGAAUCUCUGCUGCGGGAAGUGGAUCCGCUGGUGAGCUCAGUUCAGCAGCAACUAAUACUUCGAGCGGAAAACUCCACCACCAACACCACCGGCGGAGUGUGGAGAGGAAGUCAUCACGGGGAUCUGACGAAGGUCAUCAUUCUUCGUCUAAAUCGCUUCGCGCCAAACUGAUGAUGUUGAGCUCCGCAGACUCCGACGACACAGAUGAUGCCUCCAAGAAGCAUUCUAUCUUCGAUAUCCCGGAUGAUUGUCCAAAUGUCUCUAUGUACGACAAAGUAAAAGCCAGGAGCUGCAAGAAUAUGCAACGCCAGGCAGAGGAGAAAAAGAUCAAGGCGAAGUUCUCGCAACUAAAGCAAUCUCGUGCCAAAAAGAAGCGCUCCACCAGUUAUGAUGGGGACUCGGACACUGAGUUCGAGGAUCGACAGCAUCGAAAUAGUGGUAGUAGCAGUUUUCAUGGUCGUUAUCCUGGACUGUCUAGCAGCGAUGAUGAUGACGAUGAGGAGACCCACCAACGGCGUAUUUCCUCCGAUUCGGAUGCAGAGCACGGAGAUCAGGAUCAACAGGAAGCAAACUCCCUAGCUGAUGCUAACAGAGUACGUCAGAUGCAACAGAAUUUGAGGAGACUUUGUGAUGGUGAUGAUAGCUCCGAAGACGAAAUUAGAAGGAAUGUGAUGAAGCAUAGCCAUUUUGGAAAGAGGAACUCUAACUCCACUAGGAUUGCAUCCGAUUCUGAGUCACAGUCCCAGCCGGCUCCUGAUUUGGCUAUUAAGCAAGAGCAUCCUACAACUCCUGCUCAGGAAAUCAAGCGAGAGCAGCUUUCUGACGAAGAUCAGAAGUUCAAGUCUCGGCAUGAUUCCAAUUCCUCAAUAGAGGAGCGCAAAUUGAAGACGGAACGGGAGAUCAAGAAAGAGCUUGGAGAUUUCUAUAGUUCUUCUGCUUACACCUACACCGAAAAGCUUAAAGAGUACUCUCCCGAAACUCGCAAAAAACACAAAAAGAGCAAGAAACGUUUGAAAUCCUCUUCCACAGCGGAUACUUCGGCAACUCAAACACCUUUGGUUGUGGCCCCGUUAACACCUUCCAUAUUUGAUGUUCAUUCCUCCUCCGAAUGCAAGACAAAGUUCGAUAGUUUUGAUGACCUAAAAACUGAGUGUGCUUCGCUACCGAUGGAGAUUUCAGCCAGCGAAAGGAGAAAGCACAAGGAAAGGAAGGAGAAGAAACGGGAGAAGCUUAGGAAUAUGACUGAAUCCACUGUACCCAAUUCGCCUACCCCCAAUGAUACAAGUUCAGAAAAACUAUCAAAAGAAGAGCGUCAUCGACUUAAAAAGUCGAAGAAAUCGAAGAGCCUGGAUAGUUCCUCAACUACCAAAAUAUACAACACAGGAGGAGCCCAUCCUUCUACUUCACCUUCUCUGCCUGCCACUCCAACAUCAGCGCCUUUGACAGUCCCAACUUCAAAAAGAGGAGAGGAUAAGAUGGAGUUCAUAUUUGGCAUCAUUUCCGAUGAAGAGGAAACGCAGUUCCCCGAGCAAGCAGAAGCAAGUAAAGACAUUAUACCCAGUUGCGUGUCUACUACUGGUCCAAUUGUCUCCGCUGCUCUGCAAACGUACAAACAAGAACCCUCCACACCCAACAGCAAGAAUGAGGAACCACACAUUCAAUUACCUGUGCACGAGGGUGAACAACAGCAGCAGCUGGAGAGAAGUCGCCUGUCGGGAGGCAGCAGCUCAUCUUCUCAUGCGGAUAGGGAAAGACAUCGGAGAGAGAAGCGCGAGAAAAAGAGGCGAGAAAAAUCCCAGCGAGAACAGCAAAAUCAAACUCACCAGAAAUCUUCCAAGGUGGAAACUAAGGUUGAUGAUGACAACAGCGUAGAUAUGGAUGAAGCAGGAAGGGCUCUAGAGGCUCAACUUAUGAUCGACUUUGAUACCAAGCCGAUUUCAGAAGAAGCCACUCCUUCAACGGCCACCACGUAUAGAUCCGAUAUGGCGGAUGUAUUCCGAUUCUCUGACAACGAAGACAACAACUCAGUGGAGAUGACGAAACAGGGUGUGAAACCGGAGCAGCAGGAGCAGCACAAGAGUAAAGACAAGAAAAAGAAGAAGAAACGGUCUAAGGAGGAAAAGCAAGAAAAGCUGCUGCAACAACAGCGAAGGGAAUCUCUGCCAAAUGUGGCUCCCACUUCAUCCGCACCUCCUACUCCUGGAAAGCUUACUGUCAACGUUCAAGCUGCCAGCAAGCAUGCAGACCUGCAAUUGGACGCCAAGCAUGUCUCAUCGCCACCCGUCUGUAAGCCAUCUCCAAGUUUACCAUGCCUAAUUGGCGACGAUGACGAUGAUUUGUUGCACACCCCGAAAGCGAAACCUACAACGCCCUCAAGUCGUGGAAACGAUGCACUCACUCCUUCGCGAGAGAAACCCCGCCUAAUUAGUCCCAUACCCAAAACUCCAACUAUAGCCAACAGUUCCAUGCUCUCCACUCAGUCUGCAGAAACACCUGUAAGCAGUGGUACAGUGAGUACCUCUUCUGCUUUGGCCACCACUCCUACAUCCUCAACAGCAGCGGGAGCCAGUGCAGCAGUAGCUGCAGCGCCUGGUCUAGAAAAUUCGCCUACUAGUGCUUCCGCUCAAAGCAAGAAGAAGGAAAGCUUCAUUCCCGGUUUCGAUGGUCAGCUUGAUGAUAGGAUUAGUGAAUCGGCUGUGCAAUCCAUUUCCGCAGAAUUAAAUUCAACAUCUUUGCUCGAUACCAUGACAGAUGAGCCUAAAAUUCCAGUGGCAUCUCCUCCACGCGCGACAAAACCUUUGGAUAAGUUGGAGGAAAGUAAGUCGCGCGUGACCAUCUCUCAGGAGGAGACUGAGAGUGCGGUAUCCGCUCUGUUGGGGGAAAGUUUUGGAACAUCCUCUACGACGGAUUACUCACUCGAUGGCAUGGAUGAGAUGAACUCUGUAAACGAAUUAGAAACACCAACUUUAGUCAUAGCAGAACCCGAUGAAGAGGCUGCUUUAGCCGCAAAAGCGAUUGAAGCAGCUGGAGAACCUGCGUCCAUUCUGGAGGAACCGGAAAUGGAGCCCGAAAGAGAGGCUGAGCCCGACGCCGAUCCUGAGCCAGAAAUUGAAUCAGAACCUGUCGUUGAGGUCUUGGAUCCGGAAGAACUCAACAAGGCAGUGCAAAGCUUAAAACACGAGGAUAUGAUGGACAUAAAGGCUGAUACUCCGCAGUCAGAAAGGGAUCUGCAGAUCGAUACGGACACAGAAGAGAAUCCCGAUGAAGCGGAUAGUAGUGGACCUAGUCUAAAGAUUGAUGAAACUGUUCAGAGUUCAUCGUCGCCGGAAAAAUCCAUUAACCACAGCAGUCCUACUCUCAGAGAAACUCCAGAUAUAAACACACCUAACGUAGAGUCUAAAUCGAAGCUCAACAAGGAGUCCGCACCGCAACCUUCCGUGAUCACUAAGUUGCCACUUUUGGAUCCGCCAAAAACAGUGCCCGCAGGCUUAUCCUCUUCUCCAGUUAAGAUUGAACCACCAACCAUCAGCAAACUCCAACAGCCUUUGGUUCAGCCUGUGCAGACCGUCUUGCCUGCACCGCACUCAGCGGGAAGCGGCGUACAUCCAAAUUCCGUCAUCAAUUUGGAUCUGUCCAAUGUGAUGAGCAGUUGCUCAAACUCGAGUACUGCGUCUAAUACAGCUUCAGCAUCUGCAUCCAUAUCAUUUGGAAGUCCAACUGCAAGUCAGAAUACCAUGCCGCAGGCUUCAACUCCCAAGCAGGGUCCGAUAACACCACAGCAAACUAUCCGGACGCAAUCCUUGAUAAUGCAACCGCCAACGAUAUCUAUACCAGAACAAACUCCUCACUUUGUGGUGCCCCAAAUGGUGUUGUCUCCUCAGCAGUCACAUCAUCCUCAGCAACCUGGAACUUAUAUGGUUGGCAUUCGAGCCCCAUCUCCACACAGUCCGCUUCAUUCACCAGGUCGUGGUGUAGCGCAAAACCGCCUGGUGGGCCAACUGAGUCCUGUUGGGCGUCCUAUGGUAAGCCAGCCACCACCUCAGCAACAGGUUCAGCAGGCACAGCAGCAGCAUGCGCUAAUAACGAGCCCGCAAAGCAACAGCAUUAGUCCAUUGGCAAGCCCCACGACUCGAGUGUUGUCCAGCAGCAAUUCGCCUACCACCAGCAAAAUAAACAGUUACCAGCCCAGAAGCCAGCAGCAACAGCAACAGCAGGCACCACAACAACCCUCUCAAAAAUCUGUGGCUGAGGUGCAGUCGACACCGCAGCUAAUGACUAUUCCGCUGCAGAAAAUGCCACCGAUACAGGUGCCACAUCAUCCGACGAUCAUAAGUAAAGUGGUUACCGUACAGCCUCAACAGGCAACCCAAUCGCAGGUGGCUAGUUCGCCUCCCUUGGGCAGCCUUCCGCCGCACAAGAACGUGCAUGUAAAUGCCCAUCAGAACCAGCAGCAACAACAUUCGCCACAGGUGAUGGCCAAGAUGACUGCACAUCAGCACCAGCAGCACAUGCAGCAGUUUAUGCAUCAGCAGAUGCUACAACGCCAGCAACAGCAACACAUGCAGCAGCAACAACUUCACGGUCAGGCGCAACAAUUAUCAUCAGCCCAGCAACAUCAAAUACAACAGCAGCAUCAAGCUCAGCACCACCAACAAGCACAGCAGCAACACCAGACCCAGCCACAACAUCCAACCCAGCAACAUAUGAAUCAACAACUCCAUGCCCAACAACAUCCGACUCAGAAACAGCAUCCAGUUCAGCCGCAGUUUAAUCAACAGAUUCACCAGGCACAACCGCAACACCAGGCCCAACAGCAACACCAGGUUCAACAGCAAAACCAGGCACCACAACAACACCAAUCCCAACAGCAACAUCCAUCUCAGCAGCAGUUGAGCCAACAACAACAACAAUUGCAGCAAAUACACAAGCUACAGCAAAUGCACGGUCCCCAGCAACAGCAAAAGUCGCCUCAAGGAGUUGGGCACCUGGGAGUCUCUCCGUCUAUAUUUGCAACCCAACAACAUAGCUCGCAGCUUCCUGCGCGAAGUGUACCUCAGCAGCAACAUUCUCAACAAUUGCCCCACAGUUCACCUUGCAAGUCGAAUACUUUGGUUCCUGUUAAUCAGGGAGCCCAGCCUCCCGCCAUAUUAACAAGAGUUGGACCUCAUGCACAGCCAAACCAACAGCCACAGUUGCCACACCAGCAAGCGUCGUCAGUUCAUCCACAUCAGAAGCAGCAGUCGUCGCCAGGAGCAAAUCUUCCUCUGCAAACGCCUCUCAAUGUGAUACAAAGUGCACCGAAAUUAAUUGUCCAACAACAUAUUGUUGCACAAAAUCAAGUUCCACCACCACACGCCCAAGGGAAUGCCUUACACUAUCCUCAAAACCAGGGCAAGGAUAUCGCGCCACCUGGUCAUGUAGAACCAGCACAGGCUAUGUCAGCCCUGAAGACAUCGGAAAGUGUAUCGGUGAUUCGCACACCCACUCCUACCACAGGUUUGGCGGUAAUCCCGGCGAAUACGGCUGGCUCCCUGUUAACGGAGGAGAAUGUGAUUAAGAUUUCGCAGCCCAAGCAAGAUGAGUUGAUCGAGCAGGAUUCCAAGGAAGUGGACAGCGAUUACUGGUCAGCUAAGGAGGUAAAUAUAGACAGUGUAAUUAAAAAAUUAGACACUCCAUUGGCUAGUAAGGAUGGGAAACGAACAGGCGAAAUGCAGGGAACUGCACCGGCUCCUAUUCCGAAUCCACAGCCUGCAAAUCAUUCUGUGGCCCAGGAGACCCCUCUUCCAACUACUUCUAUGAGUGUGAACAGCUCAAACGAUCAUGAUACAGAGGACGAGACGGAGACCAGACAAUUGCCGCCUGCAAAACCAGCUAUACCCACUGUUGGAAGACCUCCAGGAAGGGGAGGUAGCGCCAAGAGAGGACGCCAACCAAGAGGAGCGAAGAAGGUGGGAGGAUUCCCCCUAAACUCUGUGACAGCUGCGCCGCCUGGAGUGGAUUCAUUGGUAGUGACACCAGGUGACAAUGGGGUGCACACCAGGCUUCGAAAACCAGUAACAGCUCCUGUAACUAGAGGCAGGAAGGGACGCCCUCCAAGGAAUCUACUCUUGCAGCAACAGCAACUUCAGCAGCAGCAACUCGAUUUGCAGCGAAAGGGAAUGGAAAUGGCGCCGUCGGCUACACCUACGACUGCACUGCCAACACCUAUUCCUACCAGCUCUGUGCUGACAGCUGCAGAGAAGAAAGCCAGGAAUCAAGCCCUGACUCAGGCGCAAGGACAAAACCAAGUCGCAAGUCAAUUAGGAACUGGUCAGGAUAUCUACGAGUUUCAUGAAGACGGUGGUGAAGAGCCCAAGACCAAGACAAUCUCUUCUGUUGCUCCGAUUGCGGAGGACCAACGACCACGACUUAUCCUUACCAUCAAUAAAACGCAACCCUCGAUUAAGAAUGUUGGUGAAAUGGAGCAAACAAUGCAGCAGCAGCAACAACAGCAGCAACCGGAAGUUUCAUCAAAUAUUGAUGCAAUUGGAGGAGACAACUCCGAGUCUUGUAACACGCGCAAGUCUCGACGCCUACAAGAAAAGGAGGAUCGCAGCACUGUAGACGAUAUCAUUGAGGAUGUGGUGCGAAAUACCAACACGCCAACUGGAACAGGACCACAUUUGCCGAAAGGCGCUCAAACUCCACCACGCCGUUCUGGCAGAAAUGCUCAGGCCAAAAAGGCGGAUGUGGUUCAGAUCGUUGCAGUGGGGCGCCCAAGGCGUUCAAAGGACAGAAAAACAAUCGGUGAACAAACCGUAAGCUUGGUUGAGGAAGUUACUCCGUCUAAUGCAACGGUUGGCGCCACUUCAUCCAGUAUUUUGCCACCAUCAGAAGGAGCUGGUGUGGAGCCGCAUAUGCCCCAAUUGGAUACUAAAGAAGUGGAACCGGUUCCAGUUGUAGCACCAGUUUCUACACCAGCGCCUGUUAGUGUUGCUGUCCCGGUUACCGUUCCUGUGCCAGCCAUUGUCCCCGUCAAACCUACAAUGCCUCAACAUCCCAAAAAGAAAGCUAUUGCGGCAGCGGAGAUUGAAUCCUACCAGGCUAUCAACUCAUCCAUUCCGAGCGGGGGACUGCCAAUGCAUCAGACAGCCGCUCCUGCUACUCAAAAGAUAACCGGUGGGGUAGCGGAUGCGGUUAGUAAGGCACUAGUUGACCCCGUCACGGGAGUUAUCACCGCUGGCAUGCCCCAGGGCAAGGAGGGUAAUCUUCCUGCAGCUACCGCUGCUGCACCUGCCAACAGCAGCAAUAAAGACGGUCAAGCAGCUCCUCCCCCGCAGCUACAACAGCAGCAGCAGCAACAACAUCCGCAACAUCCACAGCAGCCACCACAACAGCAAGCUAAUUCACAGAUAAAUACUACUUUGAUUCCAUCUGGACUUCAGAAUCCCAUUACGGCUCUAGGAAAAUCAGUUCAGCUCGAAACGGCGGCAGCAGCCGCUUUGCUGAACAAGCCUGUAAGUGUUCUGGUGAAGGGAAACCCCCCGCAGGUUAUUCAGCAGCAACAACCGCCGCUGGUGGCUCCUCCAAAACAACCCAUCAUUCUGCAUCAGAAUCCUCUGCCCACUGUGCUGCAGCAUGCUCAGCAUAGUACUGUCAGGCCACCUCAACCACUUAAAGCUCACGUGCUGAAUAGGGAAAAGAAUAUGCAGCAGCAAAUGACACCCACAAAGCAAGCAGUAGCUCAACCCCCACAGCACCCACCGCAUUCCGGGCACAUGCUGCUCACAGAUGCUGCUGGAAACCAACAACUAGUACAGCCUCAGAUCAUUGCACGUCACCUGCAGCAGCAACAACAUCUUCAGGUCAACGUGCCGCCGCCAACAGCGCACUCGCCGCACUCUCCAAGAGUUCCUAGCCAGCAGCAACAAUUGGGGCCAGGAGCUGCCGUAAGUCCGCAGCAGCAGCAGCAAACGGUGGUGAUCAAGCAAGCGGCAUCAGCAGCCCCACCGCAAAUAUUGCAUGUGGUCAGCUCGAAGGCGUCGGUGGUGCCUCAGCCGCAACCACAGCAGCUACCACCUACUUCAUCAACAGGACCUCACCUGCAGUUGACUAAGCCGAACUACAGCUAUGCACCCGCUGUUUUGACUCCCACUUUGUCAGCCGUUCCGCAGCAGCAACAGCAGCACUUGUAUAAGCAAAGCAAUCAUCAAAAGGGGGCUCAGGUGCAAAUGCCUCCUCACGGAAUAAUUAUGCCUACCCAUCCUGGCAUGCUACUGCAACAGAAACUACCAGCCCAUCUGCACCCCCAGCAGCAUCAAUUAAACCCUUCACCGCCGCCCGGAAAGCCAAAUCCCGUAUUGCACGGCCUGCAGUCUGGACAGAUCAUGCCAGGAAGUGUGGGCAGUCCACCACCGGUAUCAGCUGCGGUCUUGAAAUCAGCUCAGCAGCAGGUCAACUCCGUCGUACCAGGAGCUGGCAUGCGCACAGCCAUCCCAAACAUUAGUCCGCAGAGCCAGCCGAGAGUAUCUCCUUUGGUUUUACCGCCCGGCAUUUCCGGAGUUCCACCCUUCGACGCCAGUCUGCAUGACCUGGGUGCUUAUGUCAGUGGACGGCGAACCCAGAGUCCGCCUCCAGCUCAUCAGCAGGCUUCGCCCAUAACACCGAACGAUUCCACGUAUCGAGGAGUGGCUGCAUCUAGGGAUUUCAUGCUCUACCAGCAUCAUUUAAUGCGAGGUGGCGACUACGAUGACAAGAUGGGCAGCAGUCCGCCGCUAGAGUUACGACGCCCUGGUAGUGGCCCUCCAAGGACUAUUGCAGUUCCCCACAGUUUGCAAAGUCCCCAGGAUCGCACAGCAGCUGACUCUCCGCAAAUGGCACAGGUAUACGUACACAAUACGCGGAUUCCUCCCGCCCAUUUCAGCGAAAUUGCAUCCAGGGGCAUGUACGAGAGUGGUGGCUUGCAACUGGAACCACCGCCAGCCCAUCGCCCAACUGCAACCAUUAGUGUGGUGGUGCCACAACAAAUGCCUGCAGUUUCCUCUGGAAGUCCGUUUAUCGGACGGGAUGGCAGCGUGCAGCCAGGAAACCACCAUCACUCAGGCAAGGCAAUGGAUAUGCAGCUGGAUGAGAUGGACCGCAUGUCAAUGAUAGCAGCUGUCGUUAAACAACAGCAGGAUCAUCUGCCACCUGCUUUGCCGGCAGGUAUGGAAAUGGCCGCCCAGCAAGCAUCACCAGCGAUGGCGCCUCCACCAGGUGAUUCGCUGGUUACUCUGCUGCAGCGCUAUCCGGUAAUGUGGCAGGGCUUACUGGCCCUUAAAACAGAUCAGGCCGCCGUCCAAAUGCACUUUGUGCAUGGAAACCCCGAUGUGGCAAGAGUGUCACUUCCCAGUUUGGUGGAGACCAAUACACCGUUGCUGAGGAUUGCGCAAAGAAUGCGACUGGAGCAGACACAACUGGAGGGAGUCGCCAAGAAGAUGCAGGUUGACAAGGAGCAUUGCAUGUUGUUGGCUUUGCCCUGCGGAAGAGAUCACGCCGAUGUACUGCAGCAUUCAAGGAACCUCCAGACCGGUUUCAUUACCUAUUUACAACAGAAAAUGGCUGCCGGCAUUGUGAACAUACCCAUUCCAGGAAGUGAGCAAGCGGCCUUCGUGGUACACAUAUUUCCGUCAUGCGAUUUCGCUAAUGAAAACCUAGAGCGCGCCGCUCCUGAUCUUAAGAAUCGCGUAUCCGAGCUGGCACAUCUCCUGAUUGUCAUCGCCACUGUCUAAACCACUGAAAAUACAAAACCAACGGACUUUGAACCAUAGAAUAUACCCGGACGUUAAACUUCACAGGAUUGUACAACAACAAAUGAGGAACCAGAAAAAGAAACCAACAAAAACAUGUUACGCUCUUCUAGUAUUUUAAGUAAUUUUAAAUAGCGAUUAAACAAGCAAAAGUUUAAAAAAGCAAAGGAAAACAAAACACAACAAAAACAACUUAAACAAGAAGAAGCAUGCAAACUAAAGUUUGAAUAAAUAAAUGCAAGAAUGCAAAAAUACAUUGAGGCCAAGAUCACAUAUAAAUGUAAAGAGAUCCGCAAGAGACUCAAACAAAAUGAAAGAAAACCCUUUAAAUUCCGACACAUUGAAAGCAAAAUAUUUGUCUAAAUUAAUUAUAUAACUCUCCGUAAUUAAAAACCUUUAAGAAAAAGCUUGCAAAGUAUCGUUAAGUUUGAUCUCAAGAAAGAAAGUUUUAUUUUUGCUUAUUUAAAAAGGAAGAAACAAACACAAAAACAAACCUACACAUACAAAUUGAAAGAAAUGUUACAGAAAGCUUACAACAUAUUAACUGUUUACUGUACUAUGCAUACUACUACCCGUACAUAAUAUUAAUAUUCGAUCCUAAUCCUAACACGAUUAAGUUUUAAUUGGUGAAUAACUUUCGACUACUUCGAUAGAAAAGUAACUACACCUCGUUAUACAAAGUUUCCGCCUUCGAACAACCGACCAUUUUAUUUUUGACAGAUCGGUUCCUUGGCUCUAUGGAAUGCCUGAAUAUAAAACUAGCAUACGGGGCCUAGCAUAGACCCAAAGAACUUCAGAUAAGUCCGGACUGUCGCCCAUGCUGUUAAAGCACAAUUAGGUUUAGAGAUGCGCCCAGAGGCUUUUCCUACGAUAACAUACACACACAUACAUUAUACUACGAUUAUUUAUCUAGACGCGUAUUUUAUUAUAAUUAAUAUGUUAAGCCCACUACUUUAGAGCUUAGACACGUUUCACUUCGUGUUUAUUUCACUCUGCACCAGAGUUUCUUCUCUUCUAGUAAAACUACCAAUAGUUUCCGAUUUGACGCUGCAGGUCUUCUGUUUACAAAAGACGGCAAACUUUUGUUUUUCCAUUACAUUUUUUAACACCUUCACCACUGCCACAAACCUAACUACAACUCACUGGUAUAAAUCUGAACGUAGGUGUUCCGGUCUCCUCCCACUUUUUAGUUUUUGUGAGCGAAACUUUGUACAAUGUUGGGUAGUUUCAGGAUCCUCCAUUAUGUUUAUACCAUUAUUCUGACCCCCUACAAAAAACCAACACGUAAACAUACCACUCACAAAAUAAUACAAAAACCUAUAUAGUACCCUCUCUGAACACUCCCUAACUUUAAACGUAAGUUUUCACACGACUUGUAAAUUAUGUAACCGGAAUAAUAUAGAAAGCAGAACACACGAGUGAAAAAAAAACAGAAAAUUAAAAAAUACAUCUGUAACAUAUUUAAAUUAUUUAGGCUCUAACAAGUAUAAAAUGUAAAUACAGUUUAAUUAGUGUUUAGCGUGUAUUUAGUUGUAUGUUUUAAAACUAAACUAAAAGGAAAUCUGUACAUUAUAUAACAUAAUUAACGAUACAAGAACACGAGAGAUCAGAUCUACAACAGGUCACCCAGAAACAGAUAAACAAAAGAAGUUAAAAAGAGAAUAAUUCAGAAAAUAAAAUGAACACGUUUUCAAGAUGAAACAUAGAAAGCGCUGUUAAAAAUAUGUUAAUGUAUAAGUUGUAUGAUUUAAGAGACUUUUUAGUUAUUUUCUAAGUUACUUUGAAGAAAACGAUUAAAUUACACUUAUUUCAUA